UCCUUUCACUGUUUUCGUCCUUUACUUCCGCUAAUUUCAACGCUCAAGAUGGUGCGUAUGAACGUAUUGGCAGACGCCCUGAGGUCUAUUGCAGCCGCUGAGAGAAGAGGAAAGAGGCAGGUGUUGAUCAGACCUUCAUCAAAAGUCAUCAUAAAAUUUUUAACAGUAAUGAUGAAGCAUGGUUACAUUGGAGAGUUUGAGAUUGUCGAUGACCACAGAAAUGGCAAAAUUGUUGUCAAUUUAACAGGAAGAUUAAAUAAAUGUGGUGUAAUCAGUCCAAGGUUUGACAUUGCCAUGAGAGACAUGGAGAAGUGGACCACAAAUCUGUUACCUUCAAGACAGUUUGGAUUUUUGGUACUAACAACCUCAGGAGGCAUCAUGGACCAUGAAGAGGCCAGAAGAAAACAUUUAGGAGGAAAGAUCCUUGGCUUCUUUUUCUAAAGACAAUAAAAAAUAAAGUAAACUA